UUGCCGAGAGCGUGACGAACGGUCGCUCGAAAAUACAACAAGGAAGUGGACAUUUAUAGGAAAGGGGUAAAUAAUAUUCGGAUAUAGGCGAAUUCGAACUUUUAAAUUGCUCUCAAAACCUCGUUUUAAUUAUCGGGGGGUAUAGUCACCUUGGACUUACCCAAAAGCCCGUUGCAAUCCAUUUACAUAACCGUGGAUCCAGAUUAGCAAUGAAUACAGACGUGGAAUUUCACAUCAGACAAAAUUAUCCGUGGAACAAGCUACCAGCAAAUGUCAAACAGAGCCUUGGAAAUUCCCAGAGGGAAUACGAGAAACAUGUACUUCUGUACAGCAUCCGUAACCAGUUACGAUUCCGCAAUAACCUAGUGCGGCAUGUGAAAAAGGAUGAACGGAAGUAUUACGAAGAGCUGCUGAAGUACAGUCGUGAUCACCUGAUGCUGUACCCCUACCACCUGUCUGACAUCAUGGUGAAAGGCCUGAGGGUCACGCCCUUCUCCUACUAUAUUGGCAUCAUGGAGGAUAUCAUGAACUGUGAGAAGAGUUACGACUCCCUGCCCAACUUCACUGCAGCCGACUGUCUUAGGCUCAUGGGAAUUGGUAGGAACCAGUAUAUCGACCUGAUGAACCAAUGCAGGUCCUCCAAAAAAUUCUUCCGCAGGAAAACGGCACGUGACCUUCUGCCUGGCAAGCCGGUGGAGAUUACGGUGGAGCCGUGGUGGGUGGUGCAGACCGGCUACAUCACCGAGGAUGAUAUCAGGAUCUGCUCGACGGCCGAGAAGAAGGCCAUAGAUAAGAUGAUUGAUUCGGGUCCCCAGCUCGCUGGCGGAAUGGAGUACAAUGUCGUUCUGAGCCUGUACAACCGCGGCUACAUCUACCUGGACGUGCCCAUAUCCGAUGACAGCUGUAUAUCAGUGCCCCCACUGGAAGGCUUUGUGAUGAACCGGGUGCAGGGAGAUUAUUUCGAGACGCUUCUCUACAAAAUCUUUGUGUCCAUCGAUGAGCAGACCAACGUCUCCGAGCUCGCCAACGUUCUUGAGAUUGACUUGGGGCUUGUGAAGAAUGCCGUAUCCAUGUACUGUCGCCUGGGGUUUGCCUUCAAGAAGGGCCAGGUUAUCAGCCCAGAACAGCUUCACCCCUCCUGGAAGAGCGCCCCCUCUGUCAACCGGUUGAAGGGCACCCUGGACACUCAGAAGAUGCUGCUCUCAUGGGAGGGUGGAAGCCCAGUGAUGGAGGCAGGUUCCUCUGCCACUGACACAGACACCACCAGUCUGGAGGACCAGGACACGGCCAGUGUGAGCAGUCUGAGUAUCCCAGCAGCUCCGACUAAGCGCAUCGCCUUCCUGUUUGACUCCACUCUCACAGCCUUCCUUAUGAUGGGAAACCUAUCUCCGAACCUGAAGAGCCAUGCGGUGACCAUGUUUGAGGUGGGCAAACUCUCCGACGAGACCCUGGACAGCUUCCUGAUGGAGCUGGAGAAGGUUGAGAGCACUGCGGAGGGGGAAGCCCAGCGCUACUUUGACCACGCUCUGACCCUCAGGAACACCAUUCUCUUUCUGCGCUACAACAAAGAGCUCACCAGCGAUCAGGGACCAGACCUGCCCAACAUCGGGCUGCCGUUGGACCUGCUGCGCUGUGAGAGUCUGCUGGGUCUGGACCCGGCCACCUGCAGCCGCGUGCUCAACAAGAACUACAAGCUGCUGGUCUCCAUGGCGCCGCUCAGCAACGAGAUCCGACCAAUCAGCAGCUGCACACCACAGCACAUUGGUCCUGCCAUCCCCGAGGUCAGCUCCAUCUGGUUCAAGCUCUAUCUGUACCAUGUGACUGGACAGGGUCCGCCCUCUCUGCUGCUGUCAAAGGGUUCCAGGCUCAGGAAACUUCCAGAAAUCUUUCAGGUGUAUGACCGGCUGCUAAUUACUUCCUGGGGUCAUGACCCCGGUGUGGUGCCGACCUCUAAUGUGCUGACGAUGCUCAACGACGCCCUCACCCACUCGGCCGUUCUCAUCCAGGGUCACGGCAUGCAUGGCCAUGGAGAGACCGUUCACAUCCCCUUCCCCUUUGAUGAGGAGGAGCUCAAAGGAGAGUUCUCCUACUCCAACAUGGGGGUGCACAAAGCCCUGCAGAGCCUGCGCGAGCACGUGGACCUGGAGCACCAGUGCGGCUACAUCACCAUGCUCAACCACAACAACCGCCACCGCCGCCGGAACAGCGACGCCUCCGACGGACGAGGAGAAUUAGAGCUGGGUGGUGGCUUUGACGCUAAUGGCAGCACAGAGUCCUUUGAACUGGUUACUGAAGACAACAAUGGAGACAGGAAGCCAGGCGUUGAAGCGUCAUCGUGUGAGGAUGAGUGGGUGCCCCUGGAACUGUGCUUUGGGAUGCCGCUCUUCAGCUCGGAGCUUAACGGUAACAUAUGCCAGAAGAUAGCUGCACACAAACUCUGCAGCAAAGACAGUCUACAGGAACUGCUACAUUCCAGCCGGAGGCUGUCUUUGAAAGUGUUGAGCUUCGUCCAGUCAUUCCAGGACGGGGCUCAGACCGCAGACCCGGACAGCGGGGUGACCGGUCCGCUGAGCCAGCCGCCGGCCGAGGCCGGGGUUCCCCUGCCCGCCCUCAACCUGCUCUUCAGGGACGGCCAGCUGACGCUGUGGAGCGGGCGGGCGCCCCCUUCGCUGCACAUCUCCGCCCUACAGAAGGACGUGCCCACAUAGAAACUACACCCACACACACACACCCACCCCCAACCAACCCCACCCUACUUCAGCCCGCCUGCUCUCUCCCCGGGCCCCACACAACCCCCACCUUCCCCCCCCCAUGGUCAGUCAUUUAUCGAUCACUUUCAUGUCUUGACUAGGUUGCCAUGGCAACGUGGGGUUUUUAGUUCAGCUCCAUCCUUUUUUUUUUUGCCCACACCCUUCAAAAUGGUGCUGCUGUUGUUGCCGCUGGCGAUGCUGCCGCUGUCAUAUCUGGAGGCAUUUUCUGAGGAAGGGGGCCCCCGAGGUGCGCAAUAGCCCCUCCCUGAGUCGAAGUCGCUCAGACCAGCCACACACACACACACACACACACACACACACACACACACACAGACAUACACACGCACACACACACUCUCACACCCUCCCAAACCCUCCAGACAUGCAGUUGGCAAAUAUCACCUCAGUCCACACAAUGAGAUCAGUCAUUUAACAUGGAAAGAUCAGAAUGAAAACAAAUAAUAUGUAACUAAAAAAAAAAAGAAGAAAAAAUCACAUGCAACCUUAUGUUGAUGGUCACUGUAAAUGGACUCGGCUUGGAUAAUAUAUCAUGUAUAGGACCUAACCUGUGGCCAUGUGGUGUUGCCCAGGUAUCCCGUAUCUGUGACCCCCCCCCCCCCCCCCCCAGCCUCCACGUGUUGUCAUUUUCUGUGGUAUUUGAUGCAUGGAGACAUUGCACACAAUCGCAUAGGAGCAUUCUCAGGCUGUCUGAGGAACCGGUCUGCUGGUAUGAAGGUUGGCUUUUGCACAGAGCCUUUUUGAAGUUCUUUUUAUUUUUGUGAUCAAAUAUAUGUUGAAUUCUUUGUUUGUUUGUAUGAUUUGGGUUUUUCAAUUCCAUUUUUCACAUCUGUACAGCCUUGCUGUCUCCAUGGGGAAAAAAAAAAAAAAAAAGGUGGAGUUCACCCAUCAGGACAGCAGAGGGCGCUGUAUAUGGUUACCUGACUAUGAGUCUAUGAAUGCCCGACAUUGAUCAACGCACUAAAAAAGCUCCGUAGCUUUUCAUGGCAUUUUUCCCUGUCCAGGGAGUGACCAAAGACCAGUUUUCUUUCUUUUGUUUCUUUUUUUUUUUUUUUUUUAAAUAUGUGUGUUUUUACCUCUUCAGUGUCUUUUUUAAUUUGCUGCCUUAUUGCUUGGUGCCCAGGAGACCGCUGACCUCUCUCCCGUGCUGGGAAGCCGCUAGUGUGUAGUGCAUUCUGGGCUGUGUUUUUGGAACAGAUCCCGUUGGCUAAGUUAGUUUACAGCCUCUUAUCUCAGAUGUCCUAUCCAGAGAGGCAAAAACUGAAAAAAAGAAAAAAUAUAGGGCUCAGCCUGACGAACCUGUGGCUUUGUUUUUGUUUUUGUUUUUUGUUGGUUUGUUUUUGUUUUUAUUCUUACGCGAACACAUCACAUGUCAAACAUGAGUUGAGCUCUACAUCUGAUUGUGCAGUGCAUCCACGGGCGCUGGUGGGUGCUGUCUCAGGACAGCACUUCGUCAGUCGCUCGUUGGGUUUCUUUGUUUUUGAUGUUUUUUGCCUUGUACUCUUCUUCAGAAGGGAGUUGCAAGUGUUCACUGUUUCUAACCCCCAUUGUGGUUGUUUAUGAUGGUGAUUAAAGUGAGAGGUCUUGGUGGAGCAUGAUGUGUGUGUAGAGACCAUUGUGUGUGCGUGUGCGUGUGUGUGUGUGUGUGUGCGUGUGUGUGCUGUGCACAGUGUACACUCCAGCCAAUCCCAAGCCCUUCUCCUCACCUCCCACUGCCCUGUCAUGACUAGACGUCCCGCCUCCCCACACCUUUAGCUUAAGCACCUGCCCUUGUCAUCUCAACCCAUCACAGUGUUAGAAGACAGCCAAUAGUUUUAUAACGUCUACCCACAUUUUAGGAACUCUUUGUUGUAGCUUGUGCAAUGGGACUGUGACUACAUGCUCUUGUAAUGAAAUGGGUACAUUCCUCCUCUUCCCCCAUCCCAGAAAAGAAAACAUAAUAUGUGUUAUUACAAAAUGAAUAUGUAAAAAGUAUAUGAAAAUAUGAAUAAAUAUGUUACAAUAUAA